AUGCCGUGCACCAACAACUCUGUCAAAUACGUGAAGUUGAAAGACUUCAAGGUGGUGGUAUCGGUGCCGAAGGGCUGCCCGGGCAUAUCGGUGCCCGAGGGUUGCAAAGACAUUCGUGUACCGUAUGGAAUCAACAGCAUACAACUGUCGGGGAAGUCACGAAAAAAUCGGGAAAGGUCUGCUGCGUCGUUGUACCAAUUUGUUCUCACCCUAGCUCACAAAGUCUUAACCAUACACUCAAACACACCACGUGAGAUCUUCGGAAGUACUGAAGGUGCCCGGAAGUUAAGGGAUGAGAUUGUGAGAAGAAUAGCAGGAGAUUUCUUUCCGAAAAUCAGAGAACAUGAGAACAGUUUGACUGAGGAAGAACGCACACGUCUGUGGAAAUUGACGCAAUACUAUUACAUGCACAACGUCCGUGACAUCGAGGAGAGUGAGCUCGAAAGCUAUCUCGCAAUCCCGCCGAAUCCCAAGGAGCAAGGUGUCAUGAAUUACUCAGAACUUCAAAUUCUGGACGAGUCAGAAGGUGUGUCUAACACUGUAGUGCCUGACGCAGAAGCAUUCGACGGUGAUAACGAGAAGGAGCCUAAGAACGCAAAGAAGCCUAAGAAGGUGACAGAGACGGCUGACUCUGAAUCGGUUGGUCUAGAGGGAGAAGAGAUGCCGCGAAAACGGAAGAAGCUUAGGAAGAAGAAGAAGCCUGUGUGCCCGGUACUGGGCGAUGCAGUCUUGGGUGACGCGAUUUUGGGCGAUGUGGCGGAGGGGGGGGGCGUCCCAGAGGGGGUCGAGAUGUUCGUGAAAACAGCGCCUUUGGUACGUGCAAUAGAAGAGAGAGAGGUGUUUGAAGUUGUCCAGACGCCGGAGGAGAAGAUGACGGAGGUCCGUUUAUCUAGAGAGGAGCUUGACAAAGAGUGGGAAGCCCUGGAAGGAUGCCUACGUCACGAGUGGGACUUUGAGGAGAUUGUUAGGCCUCAUGGGUUUUGUGAAAUGUUUACAUCAGUAGGUCCAGCGUUGUUCACAUUGAUGUGUGCCGGGGGCCUGUAUGGGGUGUUGUUGGUGAUGGAGGGCACGUUCAAGCCCCUGUUGGAUGACAUUACGUGA